GGAAAACUACUGCACCACAUGGCAGUCACGUGAUAAUUAUUUGGACAAAAUGUCGGAUAGCGAAGAAAAUGCGGCUCCAAAUAAAAAUACAAGACCAAAAAGACAAAGCCAUGUCCUUGUAAAGCAGAGUGAAGAUUCAGGCGAAGAUACAGAUGAUGUAUCUAGUACAGUCAGCACAGUUCAGGAUGACUCGCAGAGUGACACACCCCUCAGAUUGAAAGGCAAAAACAGAAAAACAAAACCUAAACCAAAAUUCAAAUGUUCCAACUACUUAAAGGAAGACCACAAGAAGCCGUUAUUUGGUGUGAUAUUCAACACCUUCUCUGCUGAGGAUGACCCACUCCUGUUUAUUACUGUUGGACACAACAGGGUUACAAUGUAUGAAUGCAUGCAGGACGGAAAAAUCAAGCUUUUGCAGGCAUAUGCCGAUCCAUGUCCAGAUGAGAACUACUAUUGUGGUGUGUGGACGUAUGAUGUGGAAACGAUGAAGCCACUCAUUGCCGUUGCUGGUCUGCGGGGAAUCAUCAGAAUCAUUUGUCCAGUCACUCAGACAUGCAUUAAGCACUUUGUUGGUCACGGUACUGCAGUGAAUGAACUGAAAGUUUACCCGCGAGACCAUAACAUGCUCCUGUCAGUCUCUAGAGACAACACAAUGCGUCUAUGGAACAUCCAGAAAGGGAACUGCGUCGUGAUAUUCGGAGGAGUCGAUGGCCACAGGGACGAAGUGUUGAGUGCAGAUUUCAACAUAGAUGGCUCUAAGCUGAUAUCCUGUGGCAUGGACCACUCACUGAAGAUGUGGAGAAUGGACAACGAACCCAUACAGGAAGCCAUCAGGAACUCGUAUACAUAUAACGCGGCCAAAGUUAAAAUGCCAUUUCCAACACAUGGUCAGAACUUCCCGGACUUUUCAACGCGUGACAUCCACAGGAACUACGUAGACUGUGUGAGAUGGAUGGGAGACUUUGUCCUAUCAAAGUCUUGUGAAAACUGUAUUAUCCUAUGGAAAGCUGGAAGCCUGGAGGAACGAUCGUGGCGCGUCAAGGAGGGUAAAGUCAGCAUUUUGCAUCGCUUUGACUACCGCGACUGUGACAUAUGGUACAUGCGCUUCUGCAUAGACUCAGAACAGAAGAUGAUGGCGCUAGGGAACCAAGUGGGACGGAUCUACAUCUGGGAUAUGGAUACCGAGGAUCCAAAUCAAGCAAAAUGCACAAUACUGACACACAACAAGUGUUAUUCGGCUGUACGCCAGACAUGCUUUUCUCCAGAUGGAGAAACACUGUUGGCUGUGUGUGAUGAUGGAACAAUCUGGAGGUGGGACAAAAUCAAGUGAAGAUUCAAGGGAGAUAAUACAAGUGAAUAUUCAAGGGAGAUUAUUAUGAUAAGGAUUUAAGGGAGGCUAUCAAAUGAUGAUUUAAGGAUGAAAAUUGUGACAGACUUGGAAAGAGAUACCAUUUUAAACUUUUGUGAAUGUGUUUCAUUUGGAAGGCUGGGACCUUUGUUGAAUGGUUUUAUUGUCCACCUGUUGUGUUCAUGUAUAAACUAUAAGAGUUUUACAAGUUUUUUUGUCGAAGUACCAUUUUAUUACGACCAAAAUGUUGCUCUGUCAUUAAGCAUUGUAAAUUUAAAGCUUGUUGUUCAUGAAGAUACCGUAUGUUGCUGUAAUAAACAUAUUUGUAAGUGUA